CUGAGAGCAACACAAAGAAUGGCAGAGCUACACAAGGCUGGGGACCAACCGGCGCAGAAGCAAGGGCUGUCCAACAGAUGACAGAAAACUUAACAGGAAUUGAAACUAUAAUGGGGGACAUGCAGGCUCUUUGGUUAUUUCUGAGGUAGAGCAAAUUUGUGGACCCGGACAUAGUCCAACCAACAGACCCACAUUUUUGAUGGCGUUGCCUAGCUUUUUGGGUCAGGUGAGGAUAUCCUAAAUGCCAGGCAGCAGUGCCAGGCUGCUGAGGUUGCUCAUGCACUCGUUUUAAAAAUGCCCAACCUGUCUCUUUUAAGUCGUGGGGUUGGGCAGGUGAUCCGAAAAACCCAGGAGAAGUUGGAAGUGCAUUUCGAACCGGAGGAUUACUUAAACUGGAAGUCCUCUGAACACCACUGCUAUGUUACCAGAUCACUGGAUGACAGGGAAGUCAUGGAGAGAUCUUGGGGCCUGUACCUUCCAAAAACAUACAGCACAAAAACUGGUGCGCUCGUUCUGUAUUCAGAAGAUCUAGCCAAACCUUCUAGGAAAAUGAAAAAGUGCCAACGAAGAUUCAGAAGCAAAAGCAGGACCCUACAUAUAGAACUCCACACCCUGCAAGAUCUGGUGAGAGCUAUCUUGGCAUAUGGCAGCAAACAGGCACGGAAGGAUCAGAAGGAGACAGUGUGGCAGCCAUAUCUUCACUUCCUAAGUAAUCCAGCCAUCCAGCCUGACAGACAAAUGAGACCAGGUUAUUCAGCCAAGAGGUACCUCCUCAAGCUCCUCAAACUUGCUCAGACCUGGGAUCCAAACAUUUUACAAAAACUUCAACAUGCAGGAUACAUCAAGGAUCCUUUUGUGCUUGAGGAUAAUGUGCCCUACCACCGAAGAAAACCAGAUUUGUCAGCCGUUCCUCCAAAAUAUAAUCUCCUGCCUGUUUUCUGUUCGCCUCGCUUGCAUCCGUGGGUUGAAAUGGAGAAGGCAAAUCCAGGCCUUUCAUCCAGCAUGAAAUCUGAGAACGAAGCCUGGUUGGUGGAUGGCUAUGAAAGAGAAAAACAUGCCAGAAGGAAACCUCAGAUUCCUUUCAGGAUUUCCGUCAGAAAGCUCAGUUUACACCUGAGUUCUUCGGGUACAAAGGGGAGCACCUGGAGACAGAAGGUCUCAUAUGGAGGCACUGCAGAGGACCCCGAUGUGGCAGUUCACCAAAACCUGGAGUCAACCAAGGAAGAUCAAGACCCAACUGAAAUGGCAAACCAACCCCCAGGCUGCCCAGCUUCAGAGAAGAACCGUGGUGAUACUUUGGAUCUUUGGCAGGAGAAACCCCACGUGACUUUCUAUGGAGGUUUUUUCCCCGGAAGAAAGAUCUCAGAUGGUGCAGUCAGCCAAAGGCAUCUGAAGAAUUCGGAUGGCAAAGAAGGAGGGCCCUCCGGCUUCUUGCCCCUUAUCCAGCCAGGCGCAAACGCCAAGCAGAGCGGAGUCAGGAAUAUAGAGAGGAAACAGAUGCCAGAGAUUUUCAGGUUGCCCGUGAUAUCCGAACCACAACUCAGUGCUCACAGGGGAAAACUUAAAUCCAGAGAGCUCCCAGAAGACCUUACAAUCUUUCCUUUGUUGGUUCGGUUGGAAAGGGGGCCCCACACCAAAGGGAAAAACCCAAGAGCAGGUUUUGACAGAUCCAGUUCUGAGGCUUAUGUCUGCAGUGAGCUGUCAAAUGAUCGCUUUUCCAAGCCAGGACGCAGAAACAAGCAGCGCCAAGGGGUCAGCAGUGAGAUCCCAGAGUCUCCUCAAUGUAGUUUGCACUUACCUCCAGUAAGUAAUGGAGAGUUUACUCUCAGUAGCAGGACAAAUACAAGAAAGAGAGAAAGCGGAGCUGAAACGAACAGUCAGCUUCAAAGAGGAAGUAUCCAAGAUGGCAUCCCAGGGUUGAGUCCAGUGCCAGCGAUCACCCAAAAGAAAGAUCCAGAAGAUCAGGAUAAAAGAGCUAUCUUUGAAACCUCCACUAAUACCACUGCUGGCAGAAAUGGUGUUUGCAAGGAUCUACCUGUUGGAAUUAUUGACAGCGGUAUGCAAGGAAAACGAGGAGAAUGUUAUAGUGACAUUUCACUCAGCAGUCUUCUUGUCGGUCGUGAUGGAGAAAACGUUUGUCCAGCCCGCUUGGGAUCCGUCCGAGCUACUGGAGAUCCUGAAGGUUUUGAAUUUGUUCCAGUUGAAGAAGCGGAUGGCACAGAAUCCCUUGAAGCAAAAAUUGGCGGUUCCAGAAGCCAGCCGGAGACCUCCUUUUCUGCUCCAGAACUGGAUGAGAAGGUAAUUCCCCAAAUACAAGAAGUCAGAAGAGUACCAGAAAAUGAAAACAGCCUACCAAAUCAGCAAAGCAUCAUGGGAAAUGGGAGCUCUGGUGCUGAAUCCAGAAAAGAGAUUCAACAAAGUCAAGAUGGCUUCCGUGGAAACAACCUCCUGUUGCAGAGGAAACAGAAAAAUGGGCAAUCUGGAUUGCCAAAAACACAAGGCCCAAAGCAGAAGGAAGCAGCCCAGGUGCCAAGUGAGCAGCUGCAGGGAAGGAGUCCCAGAGGCAAAGUCCAGCGGAACUCCACACCACAGGCAAGAAGUUCCAGAGAUAAAGGGAAGCAGACAGAGAACUUACCUCCGUCAGAGAGCUUCUCACAUUUGGAGCCCAGUCUAAGCCAAUGGACAAUUCCUGAAUCAGAGAUGGAACUUGACUCAGCUGUCAUGGAGUUUCCUAGCCUCGGAGGGGAGCUGAGCAUAGAAAUGGGCAAGCAUUCUUCUGAAAACCAAGCUGAGGCAGGAGAGAACGACAACAUAACUUUGCCAGAGAAACCCAGCUUACAAACUAAGAUCACUCAUAGCUCCGCUGGAGAUGGUUUAGGGAAUAAACUGGUAACCAGACAGAAGAAACCUGAAUUGAAGAAAGCUGAGCCCGGGUUCAAAGCACAGAAAAAGAGCCGGAAGAAAGAUGAACGCCAAAGCCGGACAGAGUUCGUUGUGGGAAAACCGAAGCAGAAAAAGUCCAUUGGAAAAACAGCUUUUUUCUCCAAGGAGGAGCCAGGAAAUGUCAAAAAUUCAGAGACACCUGAAGAAGCAGAUAAAGAGGAGGAGCAGAAGGAAGCUGAGGCUGAAGCGGAGCAGAUUGUUUCUGGCGCUGAAGAGGACAUCUUGGGAGAGACUUUGGAAAAAAGCACUUCUUCUGUCUGUCUUAUGGAAGAGGCCCCUUUGCCUCCUGAUGAUGAACAGUCUUUUCCUGCAGAUGUUGAAUGUCCUUCUGGCUUUCAUACAGAGGUGCCUCAUGAGACCCCCAAUGCAACCCCCCCAAUAUUUCACACUGCAACUGGUUCCCAGACUAACGCAGUGCCGAGCGCUGAGCUGCGGGAGGCUCUCGCUGUGCCUGAGAGAGAGGAUAAAUUAUCACGAGAGAAAAUCAUAGCGGAGAGAGCAGAGAAGCGACGUCUGGCUGUAGAGAGAAAGAGACGGGAACAGGAAGAGCUGAAAUGGAAACAGCAAGAGGAGCAGGAGCGAAUGGAGCGAAUGAAGGAAGAAAUGGAAGAGGAAAAACAACGGAGAAUUGAGGAAAUACGUUUAAGAAAGCAGCAACUCCAAGAAGAACGCCAGCGCCAGGAAGAGGAAGAAGCCAGGAAGCUCCACGCGGAAAAGGCAGCCCAAGAACGUCUCCAACAGCAGCAGGAGGAACUCCGCAGGAAGCUUCAAGAAGCUCAGAAGAGGAAGGAGGAAGAGGAACGAAACCGCACAGAAGUGGAGAAACGCAGGCAGAAAGAAAGGGAAAUGUGGCUAGAGGAGGAACGCCGACGCAUAGCUGAGAUGGCCGAAGAACAACGGGUAGAAUACGAGAAACAGAAACGAGAGGAAGAAGAGAGAGCGAGGCGUGAAGCCGAGGAGAGAAGGAAGAAAACAGAAGAAGCAGCUAGACGUGCCUUGGAGGAAGCGAGGAAACAGGCGUUGUUGUUGGCAAGACAAAGAGCAGAGGAGGAACAAAAACAGCAGUUCCAGCACACGCUAUGUGUGGAAGCCAGUGGACUUGAACGACAGCUGGAUAUUUCACGCCCUUGGGUUUAUUCCUACUUCCAGCAUCCUUUUCUAAAAGUGGGAGAUGAAGAGUAAUGAAUUCUGCACUAAGGACCUUUUUUUAAAGUGAUUUCAGCAGAGUGUGGCCAUCUCAUCCGAAAUGCCAGCACUUUCCUGGUUAUUGUCUAUGUUUCAGUAAAGAACAGCACUGGUUGACUUCUAUUGACUGCAGAAUCAAAGUUUCAAUGUUCUCCAAGCCCUGCUCUGGAAAUAAGCAAUGAAAGGAACAGUUUCAUCUGCUGGCUGUGGUGGGUUUUCCGGGCUGUGUGGCCGUGGUCUGGUGGAUCUUGUUCCUAACGUUUCGCCUGCAUCUGUGGCUGGAAUCUUCAGAGGUGUAUCACCCACCAGAGCCAGUUGAAUCUGGCCGUGAAAGCCUUCGACAAUACAGUUUCAUCUGCAGCUGAAAACUUUGCAUAAGUCAAGAGCAACAGUUGGAGGAAUGAGACUUGCAGAAAAAUAAGAGAUUGUCUGCAACCUUUAUAGGAGUGAUCUUUGAAUGAAUUAUAACAAAGAUGUAAGCCAACUGCACUCUUUUGUUUUAGAAUAGAGAUAACCCUGUGGCCCACAAGCAAAAUGUAGCCUAUGACUUAAUGGUGGCCCUGAGGAUCCUUGAAAUGAUGGGUCUUUUCAUAAGGCCCUUCUUCCCAUGGAGAGAGGUAAGGAUGUUACAGGUGUAGAGCUAGAAAUACAAUGAGCUUCACACCCACCCUCCCUGUUCUGGCCCUAACAUCCAAACAUUGGGAUUAUUUAUUUGGUAAACAUUUAUCCAGCCGUCUUUCUGACAAGAUAGAGGUAGCAGGUAUGCUCAGCUCUAACCUCACAACCCUAUCCCUGGAACACGACCAUACAGCCCGGAAACCCCACAACACCCCAGUGAUUCCAGCUAUGAAAGCCUACGACAAUACAUUGAACAUGAUCCCUGUUCACAUGUUACAGCACAACUGUUUGUAAGAAAGGGGCAAGGUGCAUUCACUUUGCAAAUGAAAUUGGAAAGUAGCACAUAAAUAUAGACUUCAAAUGUGGCACAUGUGUAAACUGUAUCCUGAUAAUUACGCCAUUCAUGUAUAAAGAAAAAACAAGUGUCCACUGUAACUUGUUAACAGGGCUCUUGUAAGUCAAGGAUGGCCGUCCCACAAUUACACAGGCCCCUUCCACACAGGCAAAAUAAUGUGUUUUCAAACCACUUUCACAACUGUUUGCAAGUGGAUUCUGCUAUUCCGCACUGCUUCAAAGAGCACUGAAAGCAGUUUGAAAGUGCAUUAUUCUGCAUAUGCGGAAUGAGCCACAGUUUUUUGGCAGCAGAUUUAAAUCUGGGUCUUGCAGAUCUUAGUAAGACAAGUCAAACUCUGCAACACACUGGCUUGCAAAAGUCCAAGAGCAUCAAGACCCCAGUUCUGUCUGUGGGUGGGCUAGUUUCUCUGCCUUCCUCAUUUGUAUGGGGUGUGUGUGUGAGUCAGUUUACUGUUAGAUGCAGCGAUGGUUGUUCCAGGGUGGAAAGAGAGAUGGUUUGAGAAAGUGCCCACAUGAAACACAAGCCCCAUCAAUUUGACACGCUCGUGGGUUUUAUUCUUACAGGAGUGGACUGGUUAACAUAAGACUUAACCCCGUGUCUGGAUUUUUGAAAACAAAUUUUAAUUUUUAAAAAAAGUUCAGCAUGUGUACAAAAAGGCAUCAGAAGUGGGGCAUGGAAGGUACAAGCAUUGCAGAAGAACCAUUUAACACUUUACAGUUAUGUGCCAGCUUCGGCAGGGGGCGGGGAAAGGGGAAAGCUACCCACAGUUUGCCAAAACCUGUACAGAAACACUGCGGUUUUGUGUUUCUCUCCCCACUUUCUUUGCAAAGAAAAAAAGCAGCGGUAGAGCAACGUGUUUCUGUCCUGCUCUCAUCACAUGCUAAAUUUGAGCUAAGGGGUCCCCUUCAAGCAUGACAGUCUCGUGCAACUUCUUCCCAGAGCUAUCAAGGUCAACAGUGUUAAGAGCUACACAACUCACUAGGAAAGACAUUUUAAAAGGGACCGCUCUCUUUUCAGAAUACCAGAUCGCAGAACAGACACCACACAACCACAGAAUUUCUUAUUUCAGGAGGUCAGCUAUUUGCUAUUUAUGUAGGGUUGGAAAGCAUUUUCAGCAGAACUA